UGCGUUGGUGCCGGUGCCAUGGUGUACCACCCCAGGGCCAUCCUGUACCAUACUGAGCCCUGGGCCAUGUUGGUGCCAGUGCCAUGCUGUACCAUGCCAUACCAAGCCCGGGGCCAUGUUGGUGCCAGUAUCGGUGCCAUGCCAUACUGGGCCUACUGAGCAUGGGCCUGUGAUGGUGCUGGUAACUGUACCGAGCCAUACCCAGCCUGGUGUCAUACUGGGCCAAUACCAAGCCCAAGCAUCCCCUGAAUGCCAGUAUCAUACCAAGCCAUACUGAGCCUGGCGUUGUACUGGGCCGUACGGAAGCUGAGCAUCCCCCGGUGCCAGUGUCACCCUGGGCCAUACCGAGCCCGCGCAUCCCCCAGUGCCGGUGUCACCUUGGACCAUACCGAACAUCCCCAGGUGCUGGUGUCACCCCGGGCCAUACUGAGCCUGAGCAUCCCCCGGUGCCGAUGCCACCCCCACCCCAGGCCAUACCAAGCCCGAGCAUCCCCCCAGUGCUGGUGUCACCCCGGGCCAUACCGAGCCCGAGCACCCCCUAGUGCCGGUGUCACCUCGGGCCAUACCGAGCCCGAGCAUCCCCGGGUGCCGGUGUCACCUCGGGCCAUACCGAGCAUCCCCGGGUGCCGGUGUCACCCCAGGCCAUACGGAGCCCGACCGCCCCCCCAGCGCUGUACCGCACCGCCUCGGGGUCGCGCCCCCGCCCCGGGCCGGUGCCGCUGCCGCUGCGGAGCCGCCCCCGGCGGGGCCGAGCCGCCCGCAGCCAGCGCCGCCCCCGGGUAUAUAUAGCGGCCGCGGCGCUGCCUCGCUCCCGUUCCCGUUCCCAUGGCGGCGGCGGCGGCAGCUCCGGGCCCGGCUGCCUGCAGCGAGCAGCGCCCCGAUCGCGGCGGCCCCAGCAGCAGCAGCACGGGCAGCACCGGCAGCAGCACCGGCGGCGGCGGCGGCGGCAGCGGCAGCCCCGGGUCGGUGGAGCUGGCGGCGGCGCGGCGGCGGCUGGUGGCGGCGGAGGGGCGGCGGCGUGCGGCGGCGGAGCUGGAGGGCCGCGUCCGGCAGGUGCACUGCGCCCUGCGGCACGCCGAGCUGCGCCUGGCCGCCCGCGCCGAGGCCCUGGGCCGGCUGGGGGCCGGCGUGGCCCAGGCGCAGCUGGCGCUGGCGGCGCAGAGCCAACGGCUGCAGAAGGGGCUGCGCCGCCGCCCCCGCCCCCGCCCCGCCGCCCUGCUGGCGGCCGCGCGCGCCCUGCGCAGCUGCGUGCCCUGGGCCCCCGGCCGCGCGCGCGCCCCCGCCGCGACCCCCGCCCGCCGCCUGCCCGCCGCGCCGCGCAGCCCCGCCUAGGGACGGGGGGCACGGGAGGGGGGGCUGGAGGGCGGGAGGGGUCGGGGCCAUCUGGGGGACCCCGUGGUGGGGGGCGCCCAGCAGGGUCUGGGGUCUGUUUGAGGGUCCCGGGGAGCCCGAUGAGUCGGGGACCGGUGGUCCUGGGGGCAUCUGCAGGGGGUGGGGGGUCUGGCAGACCCUGCAGGACCUGGGGGGCCCCAUCCAGGGUCUGGGCUCCUUUAGAGGGUCCUGGGGAGGCCGAUGAGUUGGAGACCAGUGGGUCUGGGGGUCCCGGGAGGAUCCUGCAGGGAGUGAGGGCUCUGGGGGACCCUGCAGGAUCUGGGGGACCCCAUGAGGGGGUGGGGGGGGGUGGGCCAGCAGGGUCUGGGCUCCUUUAGAGGGUCCUGGGGAGCCUGGUAAGUCAGGGACCGGUGGGUUUGGGGGUCCCGGGGGGAUUCUACAGGGUGUGAGGGGUCUGGGGGAACCCAGCAGGGUCUGGGGAAUCUGAUGGGCUGGGACCUGGCAGGUUUUGGGGUCCCAGGGGAAUCCUGCAGGGUCUGGGGGACCCUAUGGUGUGGGGACACCCAGCAGGGUCUGGGUGCCUCAGUGCUGGCCUGAAGGGGCUGGUGGGGGGAACACCCCAUGGGGUCUGGGGUGUUUGGGGUUCCUUAGGAGACCCUGUCAGAUUGGGGCGCUCCAGGGGACCCAGCAGGGUCUGGAGACGUUGGGGUGCCCUGAGGAAUCUGGGGGGUGUGUGUGUGCUUGAAGGACCCUGCAGGGUCGGGGCUCCAGGGGUGUGCAGUGAGCUGGUGGACCGGG